CUAAAAGAGAUUAAAAGCUGCAGACCGCAAGCCUGGGGCCAGAGGGCUGGCAGUGGAAAACCCUGCUGGGUUGUGACCUCUCCCUGAAAAGUUCUAGGUGCCUUUUUGCUUCCUGCAAAAAAAAGGAAGAGAAGGAGAAGACCAUGUCCAUAGCCUUGAAGCAGGUGUUCAACAAGGACAAGACCUUCAGGCCCAAGAGGAAAUUUGAACCUGGCACACAGAGAUUUGAGCUCCACAAACGGGCUCAGGCAUCCCUCAAUUCGGGCGUGGAUCUGAAGGCGGCUGUGCAGCUGCCCAGUGGGGAGGACCAGAACGACUGGGUGGCGGUGCACGUGGUGGACUUCUUCAAUCGGAUCAACCUCAUCUAUGGCACCAUCUGUGAGUUCUGCACCGAGCAGACCUGCCCCGUGAUGUCGGGGGGCCCCAAAUAUGAGUAUCGGUGGCAGGAUGACCUCAAGUACAAGAAGCCAACUGCCCUCCCAGCUCCUCAGUACAUGAACCUUCUUAUGGAUUGGAUCGAGGUGCAGAUCAACAAUGAGGACAUAUUUCCAACCUGUGUGGGUGUUCCCUUCCCAAAGAACUUCCUUCAGAUCUGCAAGAAGAUCCUGUGCCGCCUUUUCCGCGUCUUCGUCCACGUCUACAUCCACCACUUUGACCGGGUCAUUGUGAUGGGUGCGGAGGCCCACGUCAACACCUGCUACAAGCACUUCUAUUACUUCGUCACAGAGAUGAACCUCAUCGACCGCAAGGAGCUAGAGCCUUUGAAAGAGAUGACGAGCAGGAUGUGUCACUGACGCCCCACCUUAUCUUUGGAAGACAGAGGAAAGCUCUUUGCUUCUGGAGUGCUGAGCAGGGAGACCUCCCUGGCUGAAAUGGCACGCCUACUUCCAGGAGCAGGAGAGGUGGAGACAACGGUGAUUCCUGAGAGACGUUCCCCACUCACCCCGUGUGCUCUUAACCCUCUGAGUGCUGCUAGCCAUGACCUGUGGACCUGUCCGACCACAGCAUGCA